ACACAACGCCAGCUUUCAUUCACUACGGAUUCGUCGAGUUCAGCAGGUCUCUGUGCGACUUUUCCUCCUGUUUGUUUCUACUUGAUUUAUUUUCGCCCUUUAGAGUUUUUCUACUCAUAUAAACGGUUCUAACGUGAAGUCUCACGGUGCGCGGACGAGCUUUUUUCUCUUGGUGAACUUAAAGUUUUUUUCCCCCGCACAACCUACCUGAGUGGUGUUUUUCGUCUCUACACGGCUUCACUCCUCUCCACCAUGGAUUUGGUUUGGAUUGUGGGGUUCGUAGUGAGCGUCUGCGCCUGGUGUGCUUCAGCGGAGCGACACAGCGUCUACUGGAACAGCACGAAUCCAAAGUGAGUAUACCUCUCUCUCUCUUUUCACCUGGAGUUUUCUUUUCUUAUUUAACACUCUUCAACACAUCCUCACAUGCACUUCUUCUUCGUCAAUCAGUGCAGAAAAGCAGAAUAGUUUUGGUAUCUUUGCAACAAAAGAACUUUUAACCUCAUUAUCAUCUCAGAUCGGAUCAUUUAGAUCUUUCCUCAGAUAUGUUGAAGAGUUGCAGCAGCUCAUGCAUAUUUAGAAAGCUUGCUGUGAUGAAUUUGUGAUGGAGGCGACCCGCUGCUGUUGUCAUGAUAAUACAAGACAGUUAGGAGCCUCUCUCUCCCUCCCCCCUCUCUCUUUCUCUGAGCUCAAACCUGUUAUUAUGCUGCUGUUUACCUGUGAUACUUUGUCCAACCUGUUCAGAUUUAAUCCGUUUCUCAAGCUGUGGGACUAGUUAAAUGUGGCUGUGUCGUUUUUAGAGCAGACCAUGAGCUAGAUAAACAGUUUUUUUGGCUUCUUUUACUCUCUAAUCUGUUUGCCUGAGUUUGGGAGAUGUUUUUCUUUGCGGAUCUCUGCAAAUACUUCUCCCAAUCUGGUUCUUUUUGCACAUUUAUGUAUUGAUGCAUUCCUCUAUAUUUGCAGAAAUGCGUUGAAACUCAGCGAUGAAGUAGUUUGAUUAAAAAAAAAAUUUAAAGUAGGUGUAUCUUUAUCUUCAUCUUUUUUUCAGUGGUGCAUUUGUGCCUUCAUUCACAUGCUAAAACAAUAUUUUCCUUGGCAAAGGUUACAUCUUUUGGGGCUGGUUUUUACAGGUCUGACUCACAGUGCAUAGUGUUGAAAUAUCUGUUGCAAUAUCCUCCCAUCUGACACAGAGUCCUAACCUCUGUGUGGAGUGGGAGGCUCGCUGUGUCUCCUAAAUCAAGAGAUAUCGCAGUGGGGUUUAGGUGGCUGUCAGGGAGACAUGGGGGUGUUCAUAUUUCACAUAGUAAGACGAGUAAUAAUGGUGUAUGACAGAGACAGAGGAGGUAACUUGAGGCCUGCCCAGUGGGUCACACUGUGGGAGAGAGAUGGAUUGCUCAGGGAGGAGAAAUUGGAGCUCAAAUUGUCGGGGUUAGGGGGCCAGUUGGAAUAAGUGGGGGUCAAUUAGAAUUAUGGUUGAUGAUGGCUGGGGUGAAAUGGCUCAGGGUACAGAGAGGGGUGAGGUUUGUUCUCUGCAAACAAACUUCUACAUGCACCUACACACACAAACACACACUCAAACACACAGCCAGGCAAGCACAAACAGAGACUCCUGGCUGACAAUCAAUCAAUCACUAAGCUUGGAUAAUCAAUCACAGCAACAGAUGGUGUCGAAAUCAAUCAGUGUUUGGCUUGCACUCUCUGCUUGUCUUGGUUGCAAACAUGCAGAUAGACUGAUAUACUCCUACAAGCAUAAAUAAAGUUCUUCUGACAUUGAUUAUGGUAUUUGUACUAUGAUGGUGUUGGCCCAUGAAACAUAAACAUCAAAAGCCGAGAUAAAGACGUCUUUUGUUAAAACGCCAUCUUGUAAUUUCAGUUAAAGCAAGAAAAACAUGGGAAAUCAGGAUUUUUUCAACAUUGUUUUUUAACCCAGACCACACGCAGAAUCUUUAACUGUAAUGACAAAAAUUUUGGUACCAAUAAAGGGGAUGCACCGAUCCGAGAUUUGGAUCGGAUAUUGGCUCCGAUAUUGACAAAUUAACUGGAUUGGGUAUCGGAUGCAUGACGUCGAUCCAGCGUUCCGAAUCCAGUCUUUUUUAAUGCUAAUUUUUCUUUUAAUACAUGGAAGUCUAAGUAGUAUUGGAUUGGUAUUGGAUAUCGGCCCAUGUGCUCAGCCCAGGUAUUGGUAUCGGAUUUGAUCGGGACAAAAUUGAUCGAUCGGAUCGAUGGAUCGGUGCAUCUCUAGCCAAUACCAGCAUCAGUAUCAACCUGCAACACACCAAUUUGAUACCACUCUCCCAUGAAUCGACCAGUUUAGAUUAAACUUCAUAGUCAUUUUUCAUUUUGGUGAAGUUUUGUGGGGUUUUGACUCAAUUGGCACCAUACCUGCAUUUACCCUUCAUAAGGCCGAUAUCAUCAUUAUCAUUUGAUAGCAUAUCAAAUUUAAAACAGUCACUCAUAAGUGUUAGACAUGAAUUUUAUCACUGAAUGUGCACUGAAUGAUCCAGUUUAACAUUAUUGUUGAUAUCUACCUUGUUUUUCUUUAAUAGUCUUGUGUUGGUUAAUGCUAGUAAACUUUCAAUAAUCAUUUUUCUCACUAUUGAGGGGCUUAUAUUUUUAAUCCUUCUGGCAUUGAACUAAUACUUGGUGUCAGCCGAUACUGAAGUCUAGGUUUCUCAGUCUGUGUUGGGAAUAAAAUGUGGCACUGAAGCCUCUCUAAAGCUUACUUCCAAGCAACAUUAGAGCUUCGACGCUGUCAGAAAGCCAGUAAUUAUAGCACCAAAGCUUUUCCCUGAAGUCCCAUAUGCCUCAGUGUGAAGCUGUUUCCCUGCUGUAGAACCACAGUGAUCAUUCCUGUGUAUGUAUACUGGUAAUCCUUGCUUUUGCACUUGCUAUUUUUUCCCGGAUGACUGUGCUAAAUCUCUCCCGUUGGCUACUCUUAAUCCUGUAUUCGCAGAAAAAAGCCCUGACUUUCUGCUUUCAUUUCGGUACUUUUCAUCAUUCCACAGCAAUCCACUCUCCCCUUUGACCCAUUACUCGCUACACUGAGUGUUGACGUCUGUCUUUUUCCUCACGAGACUCUUUUUUUUUUCUUCACCGCUUGGGUUUAUGGUCCCAAUCCUGGUGGUCAGAGAGCUCAUGUUAAUCAAAUUGAUAUCAGAUUGGUUCAUGUGAUACAGGCUUCUUUCCCCUAUUCCCUGUGUGUUCGUUUAGGGAUUUAAAGACACACAUACUCAUACAUAUGCACAGUGACCCUGCUUUCCACUAAUUUGUGCAUGUGUGUGUGAGAGCUCGCCCUGGGGCCUAGCUGCUGACUUCCAAGGUCGUCUCUGCCUGCACUUUAACGACUACUUUCCUUCAGCAGGAGUGAAAUAUCCCCCUGACACAGACUUUUUCAGCACUUUCUGACCUUUUACUAGUUAGCGCAUUUGUUGCCUUUGUGUCUGAUUAGCAGCAGCUUAAUCACCAGCACGGUUUGGUUCCCAGAAAAAAGCUUUCCAGUGUGCCCAGUCAGCCCAGAGCCCAGAGUGCCAGCUUGUUUUUCAUGUCUUUUGUAUAACAUCACCAGAUUCAAGUGACUCACACAUUCACAUACACAUUAGCCCAGUCAUCCACACACACAUGUGCCACACACUUGUGAUUGAUGUUAACACCGUCCCAGGAGCCCUCUGGACUCUACUGCUCCCUACGAGAGGCAACAAUCUGUUCAUUCACUGCUUCCUUCUUUUUCCUCACUUUCCCUUUUUUUCCUCUGCUGACAGAGCAUGAGUCCACCACCACCACCACCCACGCCUCCCCCUCUUCUUCUCUUUGUACCUGUCUCCCCCUCUCUCCAGCACCUCCUUCCCCCUCUUUUUGGCCAGGUUCCCUUUUCACUUUGGUUCUGUGGUCUCUGGUUCUGAGAGGCUGUUAACUGUUUCAUGGCCCUGCUCGCUUACAUUUGAUUCAUCUGCUGUUUAUUUUUAUAUAAUCAUCAGCACCUUGUCUGUUAUGGUUACACAUUUUUUGGCUAAUCCGCUUAGUCUUUAUUUUUCUAACUGAACUAAUGAGUUCUCUGAUUACGAUUAAGUAGAAAAAAUCCAUCUCCUCGUAGCUUGAGCCCUAAUUUCAUCUUCUCCUUGGAAAUACUGAGUCCCAUACCUACACUGGAGUAUCGACAGAAUACUUAACAUAGAAUUCAUUACAAGUAGAAGUUUGAAAAGUAAACCAAAUACGAUUAAUUAUUAACAUUUGCUAGCCCACACCAGACUGUGAGAAGACCAGUAUCGAUGGUGAUAGUUUGUCAAGGUAUGCAGUAUCACUUCAUAUAAUGUACCCUGUACUAUUAUCAGUACUAAUAUUGAACCAAAACCAGUAUCUGUACUAAAACUGAGCAAAUGCUGUAUAUUAACAAUGAUUUGAUACCAGUAUCAACACCAAUAUUGAACCAAAGUUGGUGUCUUUGCUGAUACUGAACAGGUACCAGUAUCAGUGUCAAUAUUAAGUAGAUAUCAGUAUUAAUACAGAUAUCAAACCAAAACAGCUAUACCAAAUUCUAAUCAGUACCAUGUUAAGUACUGGUACUGAUAUCAGUAUUGAUACUGACAUGGCAUCGAUACAGGUACCAGAAUUAAUGUUCUUCUCUGAUAUUAGUGUGAUUGUUUACCGAUACUGGCAUGAAUAUUGAUAUUAAAUCACUACCAAUAUCAAGACUGAUACUGUACCGAUACUAGAAUCAUACUGUACUGAUACUUGUAUGUUUACUGAUAUAAAUCAAACAUCAGUUUAAAUAUUGAACCAACACCAUGAUAAAUACCCAUAUUGUACUGAUACUAGUAACAUGGUACCAAUACCAGUAUAACUGUAGAUAUUGGUCUAAUUACCAGUACCAUUACUCAAAUUGUACCGAUGCAAGUGCCAGAAUAAGUGUUAUUCUCUGAUAUCAAUACUAUUGUUCACCAAUACUGGCAUGAAUAUUGAUAUUUAAUCACUACCAAUAUCAAUACUAAUACUGUACCAAUACUAGAAUUAUACUGUACUGAUACUAGUAUGUUUACUGAUAUAAAUCCAGAACGAAUAUCAGCACUGAUAUUGAACUUACACCAUGAUUAAUACUCAUAUUGUACUGAUACUAGUAACAUGGUACCAAUACCAGUAUAACUGUAGAUAUUGGUCUAAUGCCAGUAUCGAUACCCAAACUGUACCUGUACAUGAAUCAAACAUCUCUUACAAGCCUUUUAGUCAGUCUCAUUGUUGAUACUGGUAUUGAUUAUUGAGCUGCGACUACCUUUGUUUGUGUUGUUUGUUUGAUCCACUUAACUAAAUCGGCUGUUUACACUGUGCUUGCUGAAAUAAGUGAGUUAUUUAAGGUGUGUUUCACCCGUAUGAAGGAUUUCUUUGCCGUUUAUCUGGUCAAUAUGGGUGUUUUGUGAUGGUUCCCAUACAAAUUGGGGGAAUGGUCUUCACGGUGAGCCACAGAAAGAGAAGAGUAACUGGUGUGACUGAUUUGGGGUCAGAGUUCAGGAUGUGAUGAAGUGGCACAGCCUCUAUCAAUCUGUCAGUCAUCCUGUCACGGCGGUGGUCCCUGAAUGCUGCCCGCCACUCAAGGCCAGCCCCUCUUCUUCACAGGGCUGCAGCUCUGCCUCUGGGAAACUCUCAUUCUUUCCCCUUUUCUUUCCUUUCUCAGCCCUUCACUCCUUUUCCAGCUUUUAUCUCAACUUUACAAGCUGUCCCUUUUCAGUCUUUUAUUUUUCAACUCCAACUCCGGCUGUCUGUGGGGAAGGAGGGGUGGAGGAGGAGGGAAGCAUGCUAAGAGGUGUGGAAUUUUUUUAUCGUUCUUGGCACCCAUGGCGAUCCGUCACAAGGCACUUUGCCCUUUCCUUCACGCUUUCUUCUCCUUGUCAGCUCUCGCCCUUUAAGCUUCCUUCUUCUACCCCUCCAUGAAAAGCCACUCAAGUCUUCCCAGCAAACCUGUUUCUUUAUUUCCCUCUCCUUCCUGGUCUUUUUUUCCCGUGUCCCUUCAUGUAUACUUCUCCCUCAGCGAAGCAGUGUAAGUGGAAGAGCAAGUCUGGGAACUCAAGCCAUGAAAGGACAGGGAUAAAAUGAAAGAAAAACAAAGGCCUAAGUGUAGGAGUGGAUGUCUGUUUGCCUUUUGUGCAUGUGCUUGUGUCCAUGUACGUGCUUGGGAGAUCAAGAUAAGAUCAGAUCGCCACAUCGACCAGAUUAGGUGGACACAAUAGAUAAGGAUUUCUGCUGUUUCCAAGUAAUCUUAACUGAAGCUGCUUCCUUGGAAAAACAUCCAGGUUUCCCACUUCACUUCCUAAUCCAGUCUACACCAUAAAUACCUAAACCUUUGUCGUCAUUCUCUUCAGUAGAGUCUUACUCCAUCUUUCUGCCCCCUCCCACCUCCUUUAAUCUGGCCUUGUAAUCUGUCUGCUGAAUUCAAUCUGGAGAAAAACACACUGCGGGGCUGUUAAGGUUAGUCGGCUCAGUGGUCAUCACAGCGUGUUGACGUUUCCGAUCCCUUCAUAAUCAUCUAUAAGAAGACUUUACCCCUGGGAUCAUAUUAACACGAGUUAUUCCCCUCCCAAAGCUGAUCUUCCUCCUGUUCAAUAUUCACACUUGUUGUUGUUUGCGGCGUCAGAUGCAGGAGGGCUUGUUUUAUUGACUAGAUAGAGAAUCAGGCCAAAGGUUUAACUUCCCUGCAGGCGUGCUUGUCGGUGUUACCAGAGUCUGCACACUACACUGUCUGCUGCGUGUUUCCCUAUGAAGUGUUGUGCUUCCUGGCCACGUCUUUUCCCGGGAAAACAGCGUAUCCUGUCCGCACAAUAAACAAUACGGUUCUCACACAGCAACACACGCAAAGCCGCAAAGGAGCUGAUUGUAUUUCCCAGGCUUGUAUGUGUUGAAACUGUGAGAAUAAGUAGAUUAGCGGUGAUUAAUUGUGCUUGAUUGUUUUUAAGACUGUUUAGCCUUGAGGAGGAUAGCGGAUACGCCCCCAUCUGAAGUCUCAGCCUCUGUCUCUGUUUGGGAUUCUCCUCUGAUCAGUGUCACCUCGGUCAACCCUGCAAGUGUUUCUCCUCCACCCCCGUGCCCAUCCUCUCGCCUCUUCCUUAUCUUCGCAGCAGACUUCCUCUGCUUCUGCCCACUCUCUUCAUUUUUUUUUAUACAACUGCUCAAUCCCACACAAAAAAAAAAAUCAGUGAAAAAGAACAACUCCAUUAGCCAGAAAAUUUAUGGUUUUAUUGUGAUCGUAGCUGCGCUUUUCUCUCAUGUAGAGAAGGAGUCUGACUUUGGGGUUUGUUUGUGGAGUCUUGGUGACACACAGUGUUGUUGUGUUUGCUUGAAUGGGGGAGAAUUAGCCAGCAAAAGUCUGAUAUCAUCUCUGAAAACGAACCAUUGUGUUUGUCUAGUUGUGUAAAUAAGGGUCAUUGUGAAAGUUUUGUUUUUCUUUUGUGGGGUUUAUUGCAUGAUUUAGAGUGUAAACAUGUGCCCACAGUAAUUACUGCCACCCCCUAGAGGCCAAUGAAGAUAUAGAAAUUAAAACCUGGAGUAUAUGUAUGUAGGGGCAGCUUCUCCCUACCAUAACUUAUUCAUUUGUGGCUCUUUACUCAUAUAUUGUGUAUUCCCCGUGAAAUUCAUUAGACCGUGUUUGCAGCAACAAAAAUCCUUGCACAUGAAAGUUUCACCUUCCAGAAAUCAAUCCGCCCGAAUCAAUUUCUCGUUCAGAUAUUUGCCUCUUGAGAAAUGCAAUGUCAGUGGUGACCUUUCCGUUCGGGCCCUUAUAAGACAGAAAUGGCUCGGGGGACAGCGUGAGACAGUCAGAAAGAGCAUAUGUAUUCAUCUAAGCCUCCUUAGAGCCAAUUAUUUCUCUGCUGGACUUAAAGCUUCGUCGAUUUGCUCAGUUUGCAGAAGGAGUAAAGCCAGUCCGGGCAGGAACGUCUGUGGAAUGACCAAUGAUCCGCAGGGACAAAGGCUGAGUGACAGACAGGAGAAAGCUGAUGGAGAUGGAUGAUGAAAAGUCACACGGUGCGAAAGAAUGAAAGGUUAUGAUGUCCAAAAAGGGAGGGGCCAAAAAAGAGUUGGACCAUAUUUGUUUCUAUGGCAACGCGGGCUGCAUUGUGCUUGGCUCUGCAAACAUAAACGGUGGGUCAAAAAGCAGCAUAUUUGGAAUACCACCGGGACAGGUUGUGAUUGGUUCAGCUUGUUUGGGGUGGAAAGGGGGAGGGGCAGAGUUGACAUGAGGAUCUGGUUUGCUUAUUGAGCGAUGAAAGACGGACAGGGGGUGGGUGGGGAUGUUUGGCAGUGAUGGAUGAAAAGAUAGAUGGAUGAAACAGCAAGAAUUUGAGCAAUAACGUUAAACAGCCCCGCUUGACUAGAAUCGCUGCUUCUCAGGUGACUUUUAUAGAAAGAUCUUGACACAUAUGGAUCCCUCGAGUCCAGUUUUCCUUCAUAAUCCAGUUAAAACCUCCCGCAGUUCUCUCUACAACCAAACACACAUUAGCACACACACAAUUCCAGCCGGUGUGUCUCGUUUUGAACUCCAAAACACUAGUGUAAAGAAGUAAUACCCCUUCUCUGUAUGUGGACAAUAGGGAUAGAGAAAAAAAUGCUCCACCCUGCCUGUUUCACCCCUCAAUCUGUCCCCAGCCUUCAUCCCCUCACUCUGGGCCCCGCUGUCCGCUCUAAGCCCCAGUAUUAAGCAGGGUCUGGUGCUGAUGAAUGGACCACAGCUCAGCCUCUGCUCCACCCAAUAAUCCAGGGCUUGGGCGAGCCGAUUAGGUGGUCCCCACAUUCCCCUCCGCUCAUCUGUGACCUCGGCCCGUCACCUUUUGGGUCGCAUUAAUUGCGCAUGUAAAAGCGAGGAGGAAAAUAAUCAUGUUUUUGUAGCGAGGGGGCCCCGGGUUAAGCAGAAAAGAGCUGCUUUUAGAUGUAGUGGUCUUGAAUGCGCCCUACAGUGUCCAUUAAGAAUCUUAGUAGAUCAAUUUAGAUGUGUUUUAAGAGGGCGAUUCCGGUCAUGGCGCUCGAAAACGCCUGACUUUUCAAGUAGAAAACUCUCCAGUGCUGACUUGGCGAUUGUCAGACCUUUGAUCCAGACUGCGGCCCCCUUUAGCCUCAGAGGUCCGGCAUUCCUCGGGGCGAUAGAGAGCAGAGAUGAGAGGCUGAUGGAUGGAUGAAAGGCGGGGGUAGAGGUGGAGAAGAAAGCAAAAUGCUGGCUAGAGAGAUUAAAGAAGAGAGAUUAGACUCCUUGCUCCUGAAGAGGCUCCAAUAAAUCAGGAAUUCCUCCUCGGGACAGGAGGAGGAGGAGGAGGAGGAGGAAGAGAUGUCGGGAACAGUGGGUAGUCUAUUUUUCAGCAGAUUGUGCACUCAAAUGCACAUAUGUUCGCCCACGUGAUGUUUUUUUUCCCUCUGCUAUCAUCUGUGUGACAUUUUUUAUUCACCUUAUCAUGACUGAAACACACUCCCAGAUUCCUCAGAGGUUUGCACACACACACACACACACACUUCCUGACACAAACAAUCCCAGACAUGGACUCACACACACAGCAUCUCCUCUCCAUAUCUGCCAUAGCUCCACAAAUCAUCUUUAAGUAGCGAAUACAACAACUCCCCAAUGCCGUAUCUUCUGCUGACUCCGGGAGCGUCACUGUCAUUAGAACGGAGAAUCCCGGGAUAAACAAUGGGAAUAAAUCACGACAGAGAGAAGGGGAAACAGUGUGGAGGAGGGAAAUGACAAGGGACACACACAGCGGGGAGCAGAAGGAGAGAGGAUUUAGUCUGCUAAAGUGAAGGUGGCAUGAUUUGACUCUGUUAGCUAAACCUUUUCACACAGGGGCCUCGGCUCACUUUGAAGUGUGUCUCCCCGAUCAGUCAAUUAAGGAGAUGAUGUGGAACGUUUCAAUGGCCGAGGCGUUAGAGGGGAACAAAAGGCAGCGGGAUAAUUAAAACUAUUUGCCAUUAAUAAAGAGGGUGAGUCGGCCUCCCUGGGAGCGUAUUCGGCCUCUGUUCUCUCUGCUAAGUGAGCUGUUUUAUCGCGGUUUGAAUGGAGGGACUGUAUGAAACAGUGGGACUGAUAAAGCGACUGUAGGACUCGCAUACUGUUAUUGAAAAAACUUCAAAAGCCAUUUCCAACUCAAGCCCUUUAACCCCCCCUGCCAACGCCUAUUCAUGCCCUUAAACUCCCCCUGAAUUCCCCGCCUAAAGGGGCUGGGAAGUGGGGACCAGGGGAGCAUAAUUACCCCCCUCCAGGGCAACUUUAAUACCCUUUUUUGUGUUUUAAUUGCACCCCCCUUCGACCCCCUUUUGAUGAACACAUUGGAAACAUACCACAACCGGUCGGGCUCGGAGGUGAGCGAGCAGGCGAGGGGGUGUGUGAAAGUGUGUGUUUGUGUGUGUUUGCAGGGGGGGGUGAUAACUCUGUCAGGCGAAAAGCAGACAACAGUGUUUGUUCAAUAGUGUUAUCGAUUCGCCUGGAAUUGAAAGUGGCAGGGGGAAAAAACACUUUAGCGGCCAAUCUGGUAAACAGAGCGUGGCAGGCAAACUGCAGAUAAGCACUAAGCUGUCUGGACCGUGGCAAAAUGAUAAUUAUUGCUCUCCCCCCCACUAAAAGUUAGCUGGAGCACACAAUCAUCAGCACAGCUAGAUGGAAGUUUCAUCAGUAUCCUAAACUGGUGCUUGUUUUCCUGCAGCCCCCGUGUUGCUGUUGUAAUGUUGACUAAUCUGCCCAUCAGUAUUGAGAGAAUGCAGUCAGGCAGAAAAGGGGGGAGGGAGCUAAAAAAGAGGGGGAGGCAAGAGUCAGGGCCCAAAGUUUGGAGCCACAGCGUCUGUCCUUUUUACCAGGGGGAACCAGAGAGACCUCUACCCACAAACAACAACAGCAGCUAACGAGCAGCGGGGGCCUGUGCACUUUGAUCGUCAGUCACACAUAUGGACCUUGUCACACUUACACAAACACCAAUGCUACUUGUAACUUUUGAGGGGUGUUUUAUGAGGAAACAGCAGAAUCUCCAAAGAAAAAAAAAAGUUUCUUUCCAUGCUAAAGGUGUCCGGUUAGCACCCUGCAGGCUUCUGAAAACCCAUAACUCUUGCAGUCCUGUAGAUCUGAUUAAAUAGCAGCCGGGAACUCGCCUCACACCGGCCGCCCGCCUCUUUUUUGUGGUUUCUUCCAAGCCUGAUGAACCAUCUGUGUAUUCAUUGCAAAAGCAACAAAACCCUAUAUUAGACACACAUUCUCUGUGUGCGGUGUGAAAAUAUUUAAGUCCGUCAGAUUUCAUCCAUUCUCGGGGAACCCUUGGUGAUCCAGAACAGUAGGAGACGGUAAACUGAUAGGCAGCGUGUGGGGAGGAGGUGUUUGUACGAGUGUGUGUGAGCUCUGUGGGGGCAAACAGUAGGUAGCUACUGCUCCAAGUUGUUGAUAGAUGAGAAUUACUGAGAAGCGUGUGUGAGAGUAUGUAUGUGUGUAUGUCGCUAGCGGCUGGCUAGUUCUCCAGGCCCGUGAUAGAUGACUGUGGCUGAGAAGAGAGCAUUAGCUGUGAGCCACCCCUGGAGGAGGCACUCAGUCAGGGGGAAGGGGGACAAAGCUGAAAUACCUUCAGUGACAAUUCAGCGGAGAUAAACUCAUAUCUUUGAAGAAAGUCCCGCAGGGGGAGGAAUCAUGGCUAAGUCAGGUGAAGCCAGUUUAGCACUUGAGUCAAAAGGCUGGAAAUAGAGUAUUUUUCUGGAAGUGCUCUUUGACCCAGGUUUAAGAGGAGCGGGAGGAAGUUUAGUUUACUUAAAGACUAUCGUAAAGAGGGAGGAGGAGGAGGGAGUGAAGGGAGGGAUGCAGGGAGGGAUGGAGGGGAGGCAGACAGUCUGACUGUCUCUCUCUCUGUGUUUGUAAUGAGAGGGAGUGUGGUGGAGGACGGUUACAGGCCGUCACCAGGCUCAUGUUGGACGUGUCUGCGCGCCUCUUACGGCCUAAUGACUGGGUUCAAACAUGUGCGACCUUUUAUUUUUACCCAUGUCCCUUUCUUCAAGUGUGUCCCGAGGUUAAUUUGUUGUCAUGCUUUCCUCUCAGUGCCAGUGUGUGCAGCCCUGCAGAUGUCAAUACUCAUCUCCUGUCUUGCCCGGCUAACUGACUGCUAAUGUUUUUUCUGUAAACAUCAUUCAGCUCCAGUGGGACGAGGAAUCGAUGUGCGCUCAUGCUAACUUGCAACACUGCAGCGGCUAAACUUGCCCGGGGUUCAUCCAUAUUUAUGCGCAUGUUCUCUGCAGAUCAUUCUUCCCUUAUUGCGUUUUUUUCCUCUUCAUUCCACUCCAACACACACAUACAUCCUCCCUCACACUCUCUCUCUUUCCUCUUCCUGCUCUCUAUCACUCAUCCCUAUGCCUCUCAGUUUCUCCUCUGAUUUCCCUGUUGUACACCAGCGUGAAGCCGAUCAAUAUAUAAUCACAGCUUUUGAGGCUUAUAUUUAUUACCGCUCCCUCGCUAUAAGCACGGUUAUCAGUCUCCUGCCAGUAGGGUAACCUCCUCUGCCUCCUCCCUGCAGGUUUCUGUGGGACGACUACGCCGUGGAGGUGAAGCUCAAUGACUACCUGGACAUCGUCUGCCCCCAUUACCCUCAGGGUGAGGUGCCGCUGCUGGAUGCCGAGCGCUACGUGCUCUACAUGGUGGAGCGAGAGGACUUUGAAACCUGCAAGCCUCAGUCCUAUGAUCAGAUGCGCUGGGAGUGCGGCCAUCCGUUUGCUCCUCACGCGCCAGAGAAGUUCUCAGAAAAGUUUCAGCGGUUUACUCCGUUUACUCUGGGAAAGGAGUUCCGCCAAGGAGAAAGCUACUAUUAUAUCUGUAAGUAUCAAUAUUUAUUUAUACUCUUUUAUAUUGCUUUAAUCCCAGUGACCUCACAAAGAGUCUAAAAACAAGUUAGAGGGACUUUGCUUCUCUGAUUCACGACUCCCACUCACUAAAUAUGAGUGACUUUAUAGUGAAAACAAUGUCAAAAUGAUUCAGUCAACUUGUGCUGGUUUUGCCCUAUUGAACUAAAGCAAUAUAAUGUAUAAUAUAGUUGUAAUCAGCUAUAAGUCCACCUUUUCAGACAGCACUGAGAGUUAAGAAGUCAUUCCAGAAACAGAAUCAUUCUCCAUUUUUUAGCAUCUUCAUUUGGCGUGUUGUCAUGCCAACAUUUGCUGUCCAUGACUAUGCAAAAAUACAAAGUAACCACUAACUUAGGAUUUAAAUGCCAUGUAUUUAAAUGUAGUUAGACAUGCCCCUCUGAACCGAGGAGACAGAAGUGUCACUAAAGAAUUAAGAAUUGUGUAGAUUGCAAGCAUAAAUGAAUGUUCACACACACUUAUUAGGUGAUUUUACUCCCUCUUACACCAGCCACUCUGUCAUUAUUGCAAUCUCUCAAGCCAGGCCACAAGACUAGCUUCAGAUCUCUGCCUUUAUCUGCAUAAGGAAUCUAGUUAAGGGCAAAAUUCAGCAGUCCUGCUCUCUGAAUCUCAUGCUUGGUAGGUGACAAAUUGAAUAUGGAUGUGGACGCUCAGCGGGGUGUCGGCUCAGUUUGUUAUGUUUCUGCAGAAUUGACUCUGCUAGAACACAACCACAAAAGGCAAGCAGAGUUGUCACCCUGACCAUGGCUGUAAUUAGAUAAACGGCAGGACAAGACACACUUUGCCUGGUCACAGAUGGCGUCCUAAAGCUUUGUCCCUGCGUCAGCCUGUUGCCAAGUUUCUCUGAGUGUUUAUGUGUGCGUGCGUGCAUGAGCACAUGCAUGCCAGUGAAUUAAGGGGCCAGAGGGGGAUAAGUGCAUUAGUUGGGAUAUUAACACCUGUGUUGUUUUUCUCUUUCCUCGACAGCUAAACCUUUGCACCACCAUGGUCGGGAGUGCCUCAGGCUCAGGGUGGACGUCGUAGCUGCUGAUGGUGAGUUCAAACACCUUCCGGGCAAUCCGAAAAACAGCACAAGCCCCUCAAGUGGUUGUAAUUUGCAGAUACUGAGUAAUUGAUGGUAUUUUUCUUUGCUUCCAGGCUCUCAAGAAGCCAGAGUGGCUAAAGGAGGCACAGGUGGGGCUGGAGUUGGAGCCGGGGGUGGGGGCGGAGUUCACAACCCAUCCAACAGACUGCCUGCAGGUAUGUUGACCAGCCCUGUGUCCUUUCUAAUUACCUCUGACCUCAAAACAAUCCAGCUACACUCAGGAUAACAUUAGUGAGUAAAUAUGCGGUACUAAUGUGUCUUCAAUCUCUCUUGUCUUCAAGCAGAUGACCCGGUGGUGAUCCUGCCCGACGUGCAGAAGAGCGUACGGACGAACUCCGCGGCGGCAGCCACAUCUCUCUCAAUUCUCUCACUGCUAGUCCCUUUUUCAUUACUGCUGUUGUUGCACUGAGAGGACGAGAAAGGACUGCAGUUGGCAGACGUUCUCAUUUUUUUCAGGGACUACAAUGAAGACAGUCCGUGGGGAUGAAACCACUGACUCAAAAAGACAGUUUUCCGCGCCCGGUGCUGGCCACAGGGAGAGACUUUUGAAGCUUGUAAAGUACAGCUGGACUCUCUUGCACUACACGUGCCGAGCAACUCCUGAGCAUUUGAGACAAAGUAUGUGUGCUUUGUUUCAUUUUUCAAAAGGUGACAGCAGUUUUCACUCGGGAGGACCCGGUUUUCAGGGCUCUCUCCGAAAAAACAUGAACCUCUUUGGAUGAUAAAAGAAAGCAUGAAGACGUGGAGGAAGAACCCAAAAUGGCCGCAGAACAAUCAAGAGGAGCUCUUUUGAGUUAUAUAGGCAUAGAGUUAAAUCUGAAAAGUGUACUCUUACCCUUUGAGCCAAAGAUCAGUCAUCUCUCCAACUUGUACACUAUUCCACCCUUGAGUAUUGUGUACUAUUUGUUGUAUUGUUCUUGUAAUGGUAUUGAGUGGCAUUGACGUCCCAAGUGAUUACUUUCUUUAAAUGUAGCAUUGACAGACACGCGGGGCUGUUCUCAUUACGACCAUUCCUUUGCAAACUCGACCAUGUGCUUAUAUACUGUAGCACUAAUUCUGCACAGUACAGACACCAUCAUACACUCCUCCAGGCACGCACACUGACAUCAGAUGACAUGAGAAACACACCACAUUGAACUGUGUUAUGUGUACAUUCUGUGAAGAUAAUUUAUAACAUUUGCAGCUGAGAAGUUUUACUGUAUAUACCAUAAAGGAAAUGUUUACCGUUGGAAACAGGGAGAGCUUUUCCUCUCUCUCCUGGUAGAGUUAGUACUUGUGUGAAAGGGAAAAACGUGUGAAAGCAAGAGAGUGAUUGAUUGGAAGAGUGAUAAGACGAAAUGUUUUUUCUGCCAAAAGCAAACACUGAGAUGUUGUGUGUUUCCGCAGAGGGGCUGGCCCUCUCUGUCUGCUGGAUCUCGCCCCUGUGCUGGUCUAAACUGUCUGACAUGAAGAGCUGGUAUCAAAUCCAUAUAACCGCAGGAGUCGACCCCUGGGAUUCAUGGUGCUGUCCUUCGUGUUUUCAAGCUCAAUUCAAGAAUAUUCUCCUUAAAAAAAAAAAAAUGUACAGUAAUCAGAUAUUUAGAUUUCCAGACUAAAUUUCACACUACAGGAUGAAUUUAAAGUCAUUCGUUCAUGGCAGACAGGACACGGCGUCAAACCGAGUUGCCAAGCGCAUCUUCACCUGACAGGCUGGCUUGAUCGACAGAGCACAACGGUGUAUGACUACCAUUGAAGUCAGUCUUUUUUAUCUGAAUUCUUGUUACCUAAUUUUGUACAUGUGUAAGUAAGAGAAGUGUAUAAUAUGUAUAUGUAUAUAUAUACAUAGAAGAUUAUAUAAAAGACCUUGUUUGAUAAAUAUGCUAAAUGUGAAAAUUUCAUGUGAAAUAAAAAAUGAUAUUUUUGGAAAACCAGAA